AUGUCUAUUAGCAAGCUUAGAGGAUCUAUACCCAUGACAUUUCAGAACCUACGCAAACUAGAUACCCUUGAUCUUGGUACAAAUGAGUUAUCUGGCACGGUCUCUGAAACUCUUUUUGAAUCUCUUCCAUUUCUUUCGAACCUCAAGCUCUCAAACAACCCGCUUUCAGGCCCGAUUCCAUCAUCUAUCACCAAGGGUAAUCAGUUGAGUGGAUAUAUCCCUUCUUCAUUUUCUGGUCUCGUUAAAUUGGACGAAUGUGAUUUAUCUGCUAACAAUUUUAGCGGGAAUAUCUUACCAUUUGCCAAACUUGGUUCUAUUCAAAGGCUAUACUUGGCGAACAACAAGUUCAUUGGAAUUCUACCUGAUGAUAUAGGAAAUUUAUCAGGUCUAAUAGUCCUGUCCCUCCCCAACAACAAGUUGGUAGGCAAAGUCCCUUCAAGUUUUGGCAAUCUGCAGACUCUCUCCCUUCUGAAUUUGUCACGAAAUCAGCUUACUGGGCCGAUCCCUCCAGAGUUUUCAAAACUACAGAAAUUAGAUAUCUUAGACUUAUCAUUUAACCCUCUAAACCUAAACAGCUUACCCAAUUGGAUACCACAUUUGGGGCGCAUCCAGAGUUUAUCAAUGGCAAGGACAGGAAUCAAAGGACCAUUUCCUGAUUGGUUGCCUUCAUGCUCAUAUCUUUACAGGUUGGAUUUAUCAGACAAUGAAAUGACAGGAAUAUUGCCGAGUUGGAUAGGGAACAUGACAGGUCUCAACUACCUCAACUUAUCUCGCAAUGCAUUCUACUCUUUAAUCCCAGAGGAAUUUAGAAAUCUAACCUCGUUAACAGAUCUUGAUGUUUCCGGAAAUCAUCUCACUGGAAGAAUUCCUACUUUUGAUGCCACUUUUCCAGCCUCAAUGGAAUCGUUUUUAGGCAAUCCUGGAUUUUGCGGAGCUCCUCUUUCUCCAUGCACACAUUCCUAA